ACUUCAUCCUUCCGCCCGGGUUUCCUCCCCGCCGCCGCCGCCGCCGCCGCAGACCGGCUCCCGGCUCGGCGCGGCGCGGCUCGGCCCGCUCGGCCCCGCCAUGUCGCAGGUGCUGCCCUACGGCGAGGACAAGGUGGGCCGCUACGGCGCCGAGCCCGAGGCGGGGGAGCUGCCUUUCAGCUGCCGCCUGCAGGACACCAACGCCUUCUUCGGGGGCAACCAGGGCAAGCGGCCCCCCAAGCUGGGACAGAUCGGCCGCGCCAAGAGAGUGGUGAUCGAGGAUGACCGGAUAGACGAGGUGCUCAAGGGCAUGACGGAGAAGUCGCCGCCGGGGGUGUAAACCGGGACCCGCCGCCAGGACCCGCCGGCCGUGCCCGCUCCCAGCCCGCCCGGCCCCGCAUGCUGGCUGGGCUGCCGAGCCGACGAGGAGGGGGAGGCCAUGCCCGUGCCCCCCCUCCCCGGCCCGGAGGGGGUUUCUGCGGCCACCACCACCACCCCCCACCCCCACCCCCACCCCCCCCGAGCCAUGCACUUUACCCCUCCGCCUCCCCUGGGGCUGGGACAACCCGCCCAGCCCCCCCACCCUGGGCAAAGACCCCCCCUCCUCCCCGGGGGGGGUAGUGACCUCCCCCCCCCAUCCUCCUUGGCGGGGGGUCCCCAAAUCCCGGGGCAGACCCGGCCCCACGAGCAGGGGGGGAGCGCUGCUGUCCAGAGACAUUUUUUGCUCCAUCGUUUUUUGCAUGAGCUUGGUGGCCCGGGAGCCCGGUCCUGGGGCCGAGGGUCAGCCCCACCACUCCGGCACGCUUCUUUUUAAACAGAAACUCCUCAUAUUUGUAUUUUUAUAUCCGAAUCUUUGUUAAAAACGAUCUGCUGACGUUGAGAUGUCGAAAUAACCGCAUCGGGAAAACAAACAAACAAACAAGAAAAAAAAAAAGGUUCAUAUUUUUUUCCAUAAGAAAAAAAAAGACAAAAAAAGAAAAAACCGAGGGGGAAAAAUAAAGGGGGGGGGGGGCGAGAGUGAUGGAGGGAGUGCAAGGAAAGCCAAAGGUGGGGGGAGGGGAGCGGGGACCCCCAGCCUGACCCCCCCCUCCGCUGGCAGCAGGACCGGCCGGAGGGUUUGGCAGCACCAUCGGCAACCACAGUGUGUCCCCCCCAGCAGCACUGGGGCAGAGCCCACCGGGGCUGCGGGUGCCAGGGGGUCCCGGUGCUGCCCCUUGCUCGAGGGUGUGGGGCCGGGGCGGGGGGGGGGGGGGGGGGGAAGUGGGGAGGGCAGGGACCGGCCUGAGUCGUUGUUUUUAAUUUUGUACUUUAAUUUAAUUUUAUUUUUUAAGAAGCUUCUCGGGGGGGUCUGAUGUGCAUGAGAAACUCGUCAUCUUUUUCAAUAACCUACGAGUGGCAUUUAUGGAGACAACGACGCAAAAAAACACAACAAAAAAAACCCCAAACAAAAAACAAAACAAAGGAAAAAAAAACAAAAAAAAAAAGGAAAAAAAAAAAGAUACUUGUGUCAUGAUGUUCUACGAAUGAUCCAUUGUAAAUUUAAAUGCCAUUUUUCACUGUACUGGUGAACAAAAUGCAAUGAAUAAAAUACAUUCAUGUACCGAG